AUGCUUUUGGGAUCAAGUGUUUUUCCAGGUCAGUCGGCAGACCAACUAAUUUGGAUUGAUGGGAGAUGGUCGGGGUAUCGAUGGUUCAGAUGGGCUCCCAUUUGGUUGAGAAUCACAAUUUUUUGUUGUUACGGAUUAUUGCAGAGGUUGCUUGUUGUACAGUUCACUGCCUUGGAAAAUUGUCACGCCUUCGACGAUAUAAGUUUGGCCAUCCUUGAUGGAGCAACAAAGAGAAUUGCUUUCAUAGACCCCAAUGCACCAGCACCAGCACCACAACCACCCUUGGCAUACCCAAAGGGUAAAUUGAUGAUGGAUGCCAUCAUGAUCAAGCCUAAGUUGUCCGGAACUUACAAGGUUUCUGGCAAAGUAACAGAGGCUGAACAUCCAUUCACCUAUUUGGAAGGAACUGCUAACGGACCAAAUAAAUGGGGCCUCAUUAAGCCGGAGUGGCGAGCUUGUGAUGCUGGAAAACUGCAGUCUCCGAUCGAUCUUGUUCAUGAAAAGGUGCAGAUCUGCCCUACUCUGGGGAACCUGGAAAGGGAUUACAAACCUGCUGUUGCCAAACUCAGAAAUAGGGGGCAUGAUAUUUCUCUCCAAUGGGAAGGAGAUGCAGGAAAACUUACCAUAAAUGGUACUCAGUACAACCUACUACAAUGUCACUGGCAUUCUCCUUCAGAGCACACCUUGAAUGGAAAAAGGUAUGAUAUGGAGCUGCAUGUUGUCCAUAAAAACCCUCAGGAACAGAUAGCUGUUAUUGGAAUGUUAUUUGAAUUUGGACCCCCAGAUACUUUCCUUCAAAAGAUGAUACCCUAUGUCAAGGGCAUUGGUGAAGAAGGAAUAGAUUUGGGGAUCAUCAACCCAGGAGAGAUCAUAUUUGGAGGCAGAAAGUACUACAGAUACAUUGGCUCUCUAACAGUUCCUCCAUGCACUGAGGGUGUUACUUGGACAGUAAUGAAGAAGAUAAGGACAGUGUCAAGGGAGCAAGUGAAAGCACUUAGUGCUGCUGUUCCUGAGGGUUUUAAGGUCAAUUCCAGGCCAACUCAAGAACUAGAUGGAAGGCCAGUUUUCUUCUAUAAUUCCGAUGGUGAGUUCCAGUGA